UGAAAUAUAGAUGAGUUUGUUGAGACUAACAUCACAUUAUUCACAACCCCGUACAUAGAGUUCUUCUCACCAAAUCUUUUGACUUGUGAAACCUACAUUCUAAAGAGCUCUCACAACUCAGUAUUAUUUAAGAAGUAAAAGAAUCCAUUUCUUUACACAAUACCAAAACAUAAUCUGUUCAAGAAAGAAGAAACAUAUCACAACAAAAGAUGAUUAGCCUUCGCCAUCACAUUGUCCUAUCUUCCAUCUUUUUCCUUGUCUUUGUCUCGUCAUUCUCUUUGUUUGCUACGCAUAGUUUUGCUACUAGAGUAGGUCACUCUCUGGUGCAAGAAGAGAUCACAAAGGUUUCGCAAUAUAAAAAGCUUGAGGAGCCGGAGAUUCCAGAUGAGCCUGAGUUGCCCUUGCCGGAGGAGCCGGAGAUUCCAAAAGAGCCAGAAGAGCCUGAGGUUCCCGAGGAGCCAGAAGAGCCUAAAUUUGAAUUUCCGUCAUGGAUCCCAAGCUUUCCAUUUCCCGGUGCUGGCGGCGGUUCUCUGGAGACUGAAAAGACAAAAUCUACUUCAACGGCUGAAGAGGUUAUUGUGAAAGGCACGAGUGUUUCUGAGGAAAAUUUGAGUGCUUCGAACAAGAAUCCAUAGAUGAAUGGUCAAAGAACGUUAAAAGAGCAUCUAAUAUAGUGAAUGCUCUUGCAUGAUAUAUUAAUGAUAAUAUAAAGUAUAUGUUUAAUAAUAGUUUGGCUUGUAUCUAAUAUUAAAGUCAAGAAAGAUCAUCUAUAGAAUCCAUAGUUAUGAACUACAGUUUCAUUUCAUGUAUAUGGUCUCUAGCUCUCUAAGAAUAUAUUCAUGUACUAAUUAUCUCUCGUAACUUGUAUCAUACAAGUUGCAUGUCUCUUUGAUGUACAAAAAUUAUAUAACUACUAGUCAAUCAUUUGUCCUAAAAAAAAUUAUUGGUAAAUCUAUG